AAAUAUGAUAGUGCUGUAUUCUUUUGGAUGAUGCCCUCUUUAGUGUUGAAGAAAAUGGUGAUGAGCAGUUAUUCAAAAGGAAUUUUACCAACUGAAAUAGCUGAUUCUAUCGAUUUUAUGGUUGAUAAGUUGGACAGCUUAAGACAACCUGAAUUAGCCUCUCGACUCACUCUUAAUUGUGUAAGGUGCUAUGUUGAGCCGCAGACGCUAAAAGACGUGCCUAUGACAAUUAUCAGUGUGUUUGAUGAAAGUGGUCUAAGUCAUGUGGUUCGAGAGGAUCUCUUUAAACUAUAUCCAUCUGCCAAGAAAGCACAUUUGAAAACUGGAGGAAAUUUCCCUUAUUUAAGUCGUAGCGAUGAAGUUAAUCUAUACAUUCAGGUUCAUCUGCGGCAGUUUCAGUUCACUAAGUUCUCAGCUUGUGAAAGUGGCCCCUUACCUUCAUCUAGUGGUGUGUCUUCAUCUUCUGCUAGUCCAUAUGAUGACACAAAGGUAUUUGAAGAAAUCAGUGAGGGAAAAAACUAGAAAUAUGAUUUUUAUACAGAAAAAUUGGAAAUGCUGAUUUUGAAAGAUGUUUUCAGUGGAUUUAACUUUUUGUAUUAAGAGUGAAUACAGAUGGUAAAAAUACAUAAAUUUGCUAACAGAUUCAAAGGUAAUUGAAAAUAUUCCAGAUUUUUAAUUGUUUUUUAAAACAAAAGGUCUGAGUAAACUUCAAAUCAGUGUAGAUUUUAUUUAAAGUUUUAAAUCUCCUGGGGAUUUGUUCACACUGCAGGAUAGCAAGUUUUUCAAUAUUAAUGAUCUAGGUUAAUAAAAAAAUUAAUUUUCUGUGCUGUGAUAAUAGGAAUGUUCAUUUUGUUAUUGAAAAGAGAGGAGAAUCUGAGAUGUGGUUUAGUAUUUAAGUAUCUCAGUAUUGUCCGUAGCAAGUUGUAGUAUCUUGAACAGUAAAAUUACAAUUGUUAAUACACUUGAUCACUGACAGUUUCUAGAAAUGUGCACAUCCUCUUCACACAGUCAUGUUAAUUUUUUUUUUGCAUUUUAUCAUCCUCAAAUGAAAUAGUGAAAAUUGAGUGCUCUACUACAAGUAAAAUUCUGCUGGGGAUGAAUAAAAAGUUUUUAACUAUCCUUAACAGUUUAACCAUUAAAAAGUUUUAACUAUCUUUAACAGUUUAGCCAUUAAAAAGUUUUGUUUUAACUAUCCUUAACAGUUUAGCCAUUAACAAGUUUUGUUUUAACUAUCCUUAACAGUUUAGCCAUUAACAAGUUUUGUUUUAACUAUCCUUAACAGUUUAGCCUUUAAAAAGUUUUGUUUUAACCAUCCUUAACAGUUUUAGCCAUUUAAAAAGUUUUGUUUUAACCAUCCUUAACAGUUUAGCCAUUAAAAAGUUUUGCCCAGAUUUCCAAGAAAUUUCUGCCACUAAACAAAUGUUCUUCUCCACACACACACACACACACACACACACACACACACACACACACACACACACUUACUCUGCAGUAUGCUUUUCAAUUGAAUCACAUGUUAGUUUCUACUGAAAUUACAACAUUUAUUGAAACCUAAUUCCUGUAAAAGUCCCUCAGAGAAAAGUUUCACAUAAAAUAUUCAGCUUACGUUGAGGGUCUUCGAUGUGUAGGUAGCACAUGUUGUCAGAAAACAUUUUUAUAAUGAUCGUAUUUGAAAACUGAAGUAAUUUUUUUUAUCGUUAAAUGAAAAUGUUUUGCAAGUUAUUUAGUCAUUCAGUAUUUUAAGUGUAAUUUUUUUUCUACUAUUAACCCCUGUAAAGAAAUUUUGUAAUUUAAUAUUUUACAUAAAAAUUGUUGUGUCAAUUUAUUUUUCAGUUUUUUAAAAAUCCACUUCUGUUAUAAUGUAAGAUCUGUGGAAUUAAACACAUAGUUAUAUUAAAGAUGUCACUGUGGGCUGACAAGGUUGAGUAUUGUGGUAGAGCACAGAGGAAUUAAACACAUAAUUCUGUUAAAGAUGUCACUGUGGGCUGUCAAGUACAUUAUUUUUACUUGAAGAUUUUUAUAAUAUUUUAUGCUUUUAGAUAAUAUACACAUGAAAAAUAUAAAGAUGGUUUAUUGAACUGCUGAGUAAAGACAUAAAACUACAACAUAAAAAUGGUGAAAGGCUAUGUUAUUGAAUAAAAAAAGUCAGAUUAAUUUCAUCAUCGGGUCUGAUGUCAGGCAGCACCAGUGAAAUAUUUCCUUGUCCUAUACAAAUCUUUGAGAUGCUCUCGCGCCAACGUUUUGUUUUCUUGAGUAUCAUUAUUAUUAAUUUGUAAAAAGAGGUAACUUUCUUUCAAGAAGAAUUAACUAACAAAUUUACAAUCACAGGAAUAGUGGAAUUGUCUCUAUGAAAGCUUGUUAGUUCAGUGCUUUCCUUGUUUUUCAGUAUUUAAGCUUCUUUGGCCAAGUUAGUGACCUUGAGGUUGCUGACAAACAUGUAAAUUAGUCAUAGAUAUUCAUUACAAAUCAGGUAUUGCUAAGAGAUGUAGAACCAACCUGUAUACCAAUGAUGUUAACAUUAUGCAAUAAAACAGAUAAACCAACAAAAGCAAAACGAAAUAAUUUCAUAUUAGCUUACAUUUAAUGAGCUUACUUUAAAACUUGCACCUACAAACAUGCAAGUUUAGCCUGGAUUUAUUUCUCAGAAAAUAAUUUAUUCAAUAACGGCAAUGAUUCAUCAGUCACUAAGGUUUUGAGUCGUUAAAUUUAGAGAAGUUCCACAGAUAGAUCUGAGUAUCGAUUCACAAACUAAUAAAAGAAAAUAACUAAUUCUAAGUUAAGAAUAUGAUACAUUCAUUAGACAUAGCAAACUGCUUAUUUACAAGUUAUUAAUAAAAAAAAAAAUUUAACUAAAAUCUGAAAAUAACCGUAAAAAAAAAAGAUCUGAUCAACUUAAUUAGAAAUUUUAAAAUUGUAAUUAACACUAAUCACUUGUAUAUUAACUUAAAAGUAAUGAAAUUUGGCUUAGAUGUAACUUUUGCCUAAAAUUAGUAUAUAAUGGACUAGCAUUAAUUAGAGGAGUCAUGUGUACAGCAAGCUAGUUUUGUAAUUUUUGUGAGUAGGCCUAAGGUCACAGAAACAUCAGAAGACAAGCAACCUUAAGUUCUUGAGAUUGGCAAGAAUGCUGAGAAUCAAAGAAAGUGCUGUAAUUGGUCAUAGAAGAUCAGGAACAGAACCAUUUAACUUCAAUAGCAUUAAUAUUUCUAAAAUUGUACAACUGUUUAAUUGAAGAACAAAAAAAAACGACUGGAAAUGAUUACCCUAAAACUAUCACACUUUCACUGUUUGAUGAAGACAGCAGAUGAUUUUACAGAAUAUAUGGUAAUAACAUUUUGUAUAUAUAUAUAUAUUAUUUACUAUUCAGUUCAAAAAAAUUAUUAUACUCAUUGUGUUUUAUUUAUUUUUUACAUUGAAAAAUAAAUGUUGUGAGAUGAAAUCAUUUUUUUGGUUAAAUGUUAAAAAUAUGAAUUGUGAGUGUAAUUUGUCCUUCCAAAUGUGUCAGGUUUAGUAGGACUUGUGUGGUCUUGUGAAAGCUGCAGUUUUACUUGUGUGUUAUUUCAUAUAGGGUAUUGGUUAUUCACUUUGGAAGAAGUACUAUUUAGAUCAUUCCUGUAAGUGAAUUUGUAUGUUAUUUUUUGAGGUAUGUGUGAUAUCACGCUAUAAUAGCAUCUGUGAAUAAGCACUUUAUUAGGAUUUCUUGUGUUUUGUUUGAAAAUUAAGUUCAUCUCAUAAAAAAAAAAAAAUAAAAAUUAGUGAAUGAUGUAGUAAAUGUGAGUUAUUAUAAAAGUAUCAGAUAUUUUAUGUUCUACAAAAUGAGCUGAAUAUAGCCUGGUGUUUAGGGUUCAAGAUUGUAAAAUUGAGGAUCCAUGAUUUAUUUCCCAUUGACACAAAAUCACAUUGUUCCUUGGGA